AGACCCCCUUGUAGAGUCUCAUCGAGUGUUUUGACGCCCGUGAGCAGUGGCGGCGCGUGAGUGCGGACUCGCUCCUCUCGUUCUGCUGCGUGCGUGCCUAGCACGGGGACAGGCGCGAGCGUCCUAAUCGCUAUCUGUUGUGCGAUCUGAUGCUGCUCUCGAUGCUGAGGGGGUACAUUCACGGAGCUAUUGAAGAGUAGAUCGACAUCUAAAGUCUUUCAUGAGCCCUUUCAACAGUCUGGCCGAGCAUGACGGGGGCUGACUUGAGAUGAUCUGCUGACGAGAGAGAUAAUCUAGAUAGGCUGUCCAGUCGAGCUCAGGCUGCUGAAGGGGCAGACACUCGUCAAGGCGCAUCAACUUGUCAUCCCGGCCAAGUCGCGAGCCGUGCCUGGCGCCUGACGGUGUUGACUCCAGUCACAUCCGCCUCACCACAAGGCCUCAAAGAUGGGCGUCCCGUCGAGACAGAUGCCAGAUAGGCCAGGCAAGGUCAAGAGCUCGCCGCCACUGCCGCCUCCAGCGCGAAAGACGAGUAACAUGGGAGCAAGUUCGACCAAGACCAACGGCAGCAAGGCCCCCGCUGUGGACCCCAAGGAUGACUGCGGCGUCUGCUCCGUCAAGGGCCACAAGCAUCCUCCUGUACAGCCCAAUCAGGGAGAGCUGCCUUGGAUCCGCUGCGACGGUUGCAAGCAAUGGUACCACUGGGCCUGCGUAGCCCCUGAUCCUUCAGAGACGAGCGAUGCCAUCGACAAGUGGUACGAUGACGCCUGCAUCAAAGCGAGCGAACGGGAUGACGAGAGGGAGCCCCUCAAGAUCACCUACAGAGGCAACCUACGCAAGUCGUCCAGACAAAGGACAGACAUCGACUACUCGAACCUCAACGCCGGCCUCGAGUCUGACCCCGGGCGAUGGAUGGCAAUCAUCCAUACCAAGAGGAUAGAGCCUCAUCCUUUUCCAGUCUUGCCGGAUGGGGCCUCGCUCACACUAGACUGGCUAUACAAAGAUCCGGAAGCGAUGAAGCAACCCGUCAUUAUCGAGAGGCCGGACGGACUGGGCAUGACGAUGCCAGAGUCGGACAUGACGGUUUCCGACAUCGCCAGACUGGUCGGGCCGGACUCGCCAGUGGAAGUCGUCGAUGUCGCCAGCCAAGCUGAUCUUGCGCAUUGGACGCUCGGCAAAUGGGCUAGCUACUACGAGAAUCCACGGCGAGCAAAGAUACGCAACGUCAUCUCGCUCGAGGUAUCCCAUACUGCGCUCGGCAAGUCCAUCGUCCCACCCAAGGUUGUCAGAGAACUCGACUGGGUCAUGAACGUCUGGCCAAAGGACAAACGUGCGCAUGGGGAUUAUCCCAAAGUACAGAAGUACUGCCUCAUGUCUGUCCAGAAGUGCUGGACAGACUGGCAUAUCGACUUCGCCGGCUCGUCCGUCUUCUAUCAUAUUCUCAAAGGCAGCAAGGUCUUUUACUUCAUACGGCCGACUGCUGAGAACUUGCGCAAGUACGAAAGCUGGUCCGGUUCGUCGGAAGCGCAGGAGUCGCACUGGCUAGGCGAUGAGGUCGACCAUGUCUAUAAAGUCGAGCUCACCCAAGGCAACACUAUGAUCAUACCGACUGGCUGGAUUCAUGCUGUUUACACGCCGUCAGACUCGCUUGUCUUUGGCGGUAAUUUUGUGCAUGGAAUGAACAUCGAGACGCAGCUGCGAGUGGCAGACCUCGAGAUCGCGACAAAGGUGCCUCGCAAGUUCAGAUUCCCGCAAUUCGUCAAGCUGCUGUGGUAUGCGGCUCAACAUUAUCACAAUCGUCUAUCACGAGUCAGCGACGAGCUACCCGUCGACUUACCACUACGUGUCAUCGAGGGUUUACUGGAACUCUCGCACUUCCUACUCAGACAAUGUGUGCUCCUUGCGAGAUCAUCCGACGCAGCCAUCGAAGCAAAAAAGCGUGCGAGGGAAUCAAUACCGCCAGAACUCAAGCUAGAACCAGCAGAACUGGCAGAGAGCAUCAGACAGACGGCCCGUCGACUACUCAAGCUGCCAGAAGAGGACUUUGAUGCCCAUCUGCCAGAGAGCUCGCUAAGGGCGUCUGAUUCGCCUGCGCCACGCAGUCUAAAGCGCAAAGCCGACGGCGAGCAAGAGAAGCAACCCAAGUUCAAGAACUAUCAGCCUGAGCCGCCGAAGAUCAAUGAGCCUCAUCCUGACGACAAAACCGUACGCGAAAAGCCCAAGUCGACGGUAUACGCGCGUGACGAAGCCUUGCCGCCCUCAGAGGGUGGCCAUAGCCUGCCGGCGAACAUCAAACAUACGCAGAACUGCACAGAGAUCGUCAAAUAUACUCGCAUGCCGGAUGGCGGUCUAGCGAGGGAGACGCGCAAGGUCAUAACGACUGUCGAGAGGUGUACCUGGUCUGGCGAUACGUUGCGGUUGGUACAUCAAGAAUUUGAUCCCGCAGACGUCGUUGCGAUUGUCGAUCAAGUCCUGCCACCUGGCUUCGAUAUACCUGUAGCGCCUGCCAACGGCGACAUCCAGCUGUCGAGCUUUGCCGAGUCUUCUUACGUCGACAACGAGUCCAAAGCAGGUGUGCAGGCCAUGGACCUCUCAGAGCUCCUUGCUGCCACUGUAUAGUGCCAUACCUUGCACAACGGCAAAUACUUCUUUGAUGUCACUCAUGCAUCACGCUCGAGGACUCGUGACAAGUUAUGACAGUGAGAUGCAAGUGUAGCAACAACAAGAAAUCA